ACCUGGCAGCGGGGCUGCGAGGCUGCGAGCGAGCCGCGGACCGGGCGGGCGGCGGGCGCGCGCACCAUGGGGGAGAAACCGGGCACCAGGGUCUUCAAGAAGUCGAGCCCUAACUGUAAGCUCACCGUGUACCUGGGCAAGCGGGACUUCGUAGACCACCUGGACAAAGUGGACCCUGUCGAUGGCGUGGUGCUGGUGGACCCUGACUACUUGAAGGACCGCAAAGUGUUCGUGACCCUCACCUGCGCCUUCCGCUAUGGCCGCGAGGACCUGGACGUGCUGGGCCUGUCCUUCCGCAAAGACCUGUUCAUCGCCACCUACCAGGCCUUCCCCCCCAUGCCCAACCCGCCCCGGCCCCCCACCCGCCUGCAGGAGCGGCUGCUGAGGAAGCUGGGCCAGCAUGCCCACCCCUUUUUUUUCACAAUCCCCCAGAACCUGCCCUGCUCUGUCACGCUGCAGCCGGGCCCGGAGGACACGGGGAAGGCCUGUGGAGUCGACUUUGAGAUUCGAGCCUUCUGUGCCAAAUCGCUAGAAGAGAAAAGCCACAAAAGGAACUCUGUGCGGCUGGUGAUCCGAAAAGUGCAAUUUGCCCCAGAGAAACCGGGCCCCCAGCCUUCAGCAGAAACCACACGCCACUUCCUCAUGUCUGACCGGUCCCUGCACCUUGAGGCUUCCCUGGACAAGGAGCUGUACUACCACGGGGAGCCCCUGAACGUCAACGUCCACGUCACCAACAACUCCACCAAGACCAUUAAGAAGAUCAAAGUCUCUGUGAGACAGUACGCCGACAUCUGCCUCUUCAGCACAGCCCAGUACAAGUGCCCCGUGGCUCAGAUCGAACAAGAUGACCAGGUGUCGCCCAGCUCCACGUUCUGCAAGGUGUACACCAUCACCCCACUGCUCAGCGACAACCGGGAGAAGCGCGGCCUCGCCCUGGACGGGAAGCUCAAGCACGAGGACACCAACCUGGCUUCCAGCACCAUCGUGAAGGAGGGCGCCAACAAGGAGGUGCUGGGGAUCCUGGUGUCCUACAGGGUCAAGGUGAAGCUGGUGGUGGCUCGUGGCGGGGAUGUGUCCGUGGAGCUGCCUUUCGUCCUCAUGCACCCCAAGCCCCACGACCACGUCGCGCUCCCCAGGCCCCAGACAGCUGCUCCGGAGACAGACGCCCCCGUGGACACCAACCUCAUUGAAUUUGAUACCAACUACGCCACCGACGACGACAUCGUCUUCGAGGACUUUGCGCGGCUGCGGCUCAAGGGGAUGAAGGACGAGGAUUACGAAGACCAGUUCUGCUAGAGGCCGUGGGGGCGGGGCCUGCAGGGGGCGGGGCCUGCAGGGGGCGGGGGCAGUCCGCGGCCCCCCCUGCGCUUAGCCGGCCCCUCCGCCCCUCCCGCCUCGCCCCUGGCUCCCGGAGGACUCGCGCUGGACCGUCUCUUGAACGUGGGCAUUACUUGUUUGGCCCCAGCUGGGCCUCCCCAGCCCCUCCAGCAGGUGGCGCGCCGUGUUCGAACCUGCAUUUUCUGGAGGGGUUCCUGGAACGGGGAGUGACAGUGGGGAAGAUGGGAAAAAGCUCCCACAUCCGACCCCCCACACUCUGCCUCCCUCUCCUUCAAGAGGAGACCCUGGGGGUGGGGUGGGGAGCGAGGCCACUUCGUUGUUUCUGGGCAUAAAGAAAAUAAACGUUUUAAUAGGCA